AUGGAAUGUCGGAGAUUGACGCUGCCCGGGCUGAGAUGGACAAUUUCCCAGUUUGCUUGUCGCCCUAUCUAUGAAAGCCGCCCCUUUGUUUUAUCAGCACGCAAAUCUUUAACCGCCGAUUGCGGACGGCUGAGGAAGAAGGGAAUCGGAGGAGAAAAAUUGGAGAAAUGUUGGCGGCGUCAGAAAUUCAAGGGAAGGAGAAAGUUGGAUAAAUUAUGCAGGAAUUCGGAAGUCGUUGAUUUUAUGCCGGUGAUGGCCGCGGUUCUGUUAAAUUACGUGCAGAAAGAGCCUCAAUCAGGGGCUGUGAUAUAUGUACUUUGUGUUCAGAACUUAUCUAAGCAGUCAGCUUUAGAUGCUGAGCUUCUUAUCGGGGCGGUUAAACCUGAUGCUGUAGUUGCCCAAGUUGGCCCCUCCAUCAGUGGAGAUGAUUUUAGUAUGGAUGCUGUUGCAUCUGAGGAAUCUGUUGUUUCGACAAAUAAUUAUAGUCUCAAACGUAUUUUUAGGUGGGUCGAUGAGUCACCAGUGCCAACUUCGGCUUUUGAAGUGAUAAAGAGGUGUUUUGUUCAUAAAAUUAGCAAAGAGAAGUAUGAAGAUGUAGCAGGGAAUUUAGUAUUGAAGGAGAUUUUCGGAAUAGGUUUUAACGGCCAUUUUUUGUCAGCCAAGAAAGCUGCCAAAGAAGUGGGUGCAUCAUUUCUGUUGCUCGAUUCCCCUUAUGUUAAAUGGAGUGAAGAUGGUAUGACAGCUUUGGAGAUUAAGCAAGAGGGCAAGGAGGAGAAUUCAGUAAAUAAGUUUCAUGCUUUAUUUAUGAGACCUGGUACUUUGGUGCCUCAGAGAGCACCGUCAGUAAUAUCAGCAUUCCCGUGGAGGUUUCCUGCUUUGAAUGAUGUUCAAAUUCAGAUGGUAAAAGCACUACCCUUACAGUUAACUGGUUCAGAUUUUGCACAGAAGUUGGGUUCUGCAAGUGAUCAACCAAGGCAUGAUUAUGAGGCUCCGCAGUUUUCACAAUUUAUCUAUCCCUUACUUGUUGAUUUACAUGAUAUAUUUAUCAGCUUAAAGCCUGGUAUGGGCAGGGCUCUGGCUCAUGCUCAAAAAAUUCUUUGUGAUGUCAAUAAAGGUGAAGUUGUUGAUAGUAAACUCCUUUCUGAAGUUUAUGUGUUUCGGCGUGCAGUUGAGGAUUUGAGAAUAGCUUUGAAUAAUGCCGGUCGGCUUCCUAUAAGCGAAUUGGGGAACUCUCUUUCCUCUGGCUGUGAAUUUUCCCAGCUUCCAGUUUGGGACAAAUCUCAUGCACUUGUUGCGCAAGCUGUACGUAGCCAGACCUCGAGGUUCAAGAAAAUUGUCGCCGUAGUUGAUUCUUAUGGUUUAGAAGGUUUGAGGAAACAUUGGAACACUUCUGUGCCACUGGAAGUUAAGGAUAUGGUAGAACAGUUGGUUACUGAUGGGGAAAAUGGUGAGAAAGUACAAAAUCAGGGUGGUGGAAAGCUGCCACUAUCAGCAAAACCAGUGGUUGCUUUUGGGGCAGGUGCAACCGCAGUUUUAGGAGCUUCUUCCCUGUCGAAAGUUGUUCAUCUAUCCACUUUGGCAAAAGUUGCAUCUUUUAAGAUGCCUGCAUCACUUAAGCUUCUGAUAACUCAAAGCCAUAAGAUUGUUGGUCUUACAUUUAGUAAUGCUGUUCCCUCAACUGCAAUGGGUCCUGGAAUGAUAAAUGGAGUCCAAGUGUCUGUUUUGAAGACAGCUCUUUCUGCUGAAAAAAUCCGUGCGGUUGCUCAUGGCAUGAUUGCUUCUGCUGAAAAAACUAGUCUUUCUGCUAUGAGAAUGGCAUUCUAUGAAAUAAUGAGAAGGCGUGAUCAGCCUACUCGCUUCCUACCUUGGGCAACCUUUGGAUGUAGUAUUGCUACUUGCUCUGGAUUGCUUAUGUACGGAGAUGGAAUUGAGUGUGCUGUUGAAUCUCUUCCUGCGGCUCGCUCAAUCGCCUGUUUAGGCCGUGGCAUUCAAAAUUUGCACCAGGCAUCACAGACGGUAAGGCAAGACGAUAACUCCAGAUUACAGAAGUCAAUUAAAUCCCUUUGGCACAAAUUUAGGCAGUGGAAGAUUCAAUAA